UCUAAGCCUCAUGCUUUAAAACCUCUACAGAGUUACAUACCAGAUACUACAGUUCCUGAACAGCUUAGUGUCCCAUCAGCCAUUGCYGACUUCAUACAUCAACAGAGAAUAACCAGCAGUAAUACUACUCACAGGGUCURUCAUCCUUAUGAAUACGAACUACAAGUCUUUGAACCUCUUGAAAAACAGUUGAAAGAAGAAAAAGAAAAGUUGUACAACAACCUUGAAGAGACACCUUGUACUUAUGUAAAAACAAUGGAACAGCUUGAGGAACUCAACGAGACAUUAUCUAAUGUUACUGAAUUUGCAGUGGAUUUAGAGCAUCAUUCAUACCGAACAUUCCAAGGUUUUGUGUGUCUUAUGCAAAUAUCAACAAGAGACCAGGAUUACUUGAUUGACACCUUGGAGCUUCGCAGUGAACUGGGCAUGCUCAAUGAGUCAUUUACAAACCCGGAGAUUCUUAAAGUCCUUCAUGGUGCUGAUAUGGACAUUGGUUGGCUGCAACGAGACUUUGGAAUCUAUGUCGUUAACAUGUUUGAUACAGGACAAGCAUCAAGAGUGCUCAAUUAUGAACGACUAUCACUCAGUUAUCUCUUGAAGAAGUUUUGUGAUGUUUCGGCAAACAAACAGUAUCAACUGGCUGACUGGAGAAUAAGGCCUUUACCAGCGGAAAUGUCUCAAUAYGCUAGGGAAGACACCCACUACUUGCUGUACAUYUAUGACCGUCUAAGGAAUGAGCUUAUUAGGAAUGGUAAUGCCCAGAACAACCUUCUUUUGUCAGUGUAUCAGCGAAGUAAAGACAUUUGUCUUAAGAAAUACGAGAAGCCUUUAUACACCAGUGAGUCAUAUCUUAAYCUUUACACCAAGCAAAGAAGACCACUCAAUCCAUCACAAUUACAAGUGUUCAAAGCUCUCCAUGAAUGGAGGGACACCAUAGCAAGACAAGAGGAUGAAAGCUGUGGCUUUGUCCUACCAAACCACAUGUUGUUCAAUCUUGCUGAGAGUUUACCACGAGAGCCACAAGGUGUGUUGGCAUGUUGUAAUCCAGUCCCUACUCUGGUGAAACAGUAUGUCAGCGAGGUCCAUAUGAUUAUCCAGAAUGCUAAGGACAGUUUGCCAAGUACAAAUUAUGAUAAAGGAGAGUUGACAGCUGCAAUAACUGAACAACUACAACCAACACCAUCUAUGCCUCUUGCUGCAUCAAGGCAGAUAAAUGAAGUGUCAAUGGAUCCAAGCAGUAGACAUCACAUUGCUGGUCAAGAAAAGUGUACAGCAUCAGUCAAACCAUUUGAAGGCUACACACCAAAAGGACCACAAGUCAAAGCUGCAAAACCUGUUAUUAGUCUGUUUGACUACCCAGAGACCAACUCARGCAUUGUAUCAAAGGGACUGGAAAAAGCCAAGAGGAUUCUUGCUGGAUUUACAAAYCCAUUUAAAUCGUUUUGUAAGGUUUUAAAGUCAACUGAAGAUACUGCUGGCCUGUCAACUAAUGAAAACAGACCAGAACAGCCUCAAGCAAAAAUAGAUGAGAUAAACAAAAAUUGGAAGCAAAAAUCAAAUGAUGCAGCCAAACCAAGCACUUCAAAAGACAAAAGUUCUGCCUCUGAAAGUGAAGAUGAAGAUGAUCAAGAACACACUACCCCCCUUAGACAUCAGGUUGGUUACCCCUCCCCACUCCCCUUAGACAUCAGGUUGGUUACCCCUCCCCACUCCCCUUAG